UCUUUCUAUCUAUAUCUUUCUCUUUCUCUUUCCCUCUCUCUCAUAUUUUACCUGUCACAGUCUUGUUCAUUGCUGCACAAAUUCAGCAAUCUUUCUCUUUAUCAGAAACUUUCGCACCUCAUUGUAUUUGUAAGUGAGAGAGAGGUUAGCUAAACUACAAACAAACUACAAAUGGGAAGACACUCUUGCUGCUACAAACAGAAGCUCAGGAAAGGUCUAUGGUCACCUGAGGAAGAUGAAAAACUCUUGAACCAUAUUACUAACCAUGGCCAUGGAUGUUGGAGCUCAGUUCCUAAGCAAGCAGGUCUUCAAAGAUGUGGUAAGAGUUGUAGACUUAGAUGGAUUAAUUACCUAAGACCUGAUUUAAAAAGAGGUACAUUUUCACAAGAUGAAGAAAAUCUCAUCAUUGAACUUCAUUCAGUACUAGGAAAUAGAUGGUCUCAAAUUGCUGCGCAGUUACCAGGAAGAACCGACAACGAAAUAAAGAAUCUAUGGAAUUCUUGCUUAAAGAAGAAACUGAAGCAAAAAGGUAUAGAUCCUGUGACUCAUAAGCCACUUUCUGAGGUAGAGAAUGGAGAAGAAGAAGAUGAGAAAACCAGAAGCCAAGAGAAAGUAACAGAAAUAUCAGAAAGCACUUCAGGUUCUUAUGAGAAGAAACAGUCUUCAAUUGUUGUAAAAGCCUAUGAACCUGAAAUGGAAGUUGAAGGUUCUUGUUCAAACUCCAACAACUAUUUGAUGGGAAAUUAUCCUAUGCAGAUGAGUUUCACAUCCAAUGAUAAUCUUCCAAACAAUGUUUCAAACUCUUCUUCUCACUGGUUCAACCAAACUGGACUAAAACCUUUUGAUAUGAACUCUGAGUUCACCUCAUUUCUACCUAGUUCUUUUUGCUACAAAUCAUCGGUUCUCGAUGUUCCGUCAGAAGAUGUUUCGAUUUCUUCGGAUUCUUUCCAUAUGAAGAAUAGUAUGUUACCUUCUUGGGGGUUAACAGAUUGUGAGACCUCUAUUAAAGAGAAUCAAACAGAAGAAGAUGAAGCUAAGUGGAAUGAGUAUCUUCAAAAUCCAAUGCUAAUGCUGCAAAAUCAAGCUGCUGAGGGUUUAUGCAAUCAGAGAAAGGCUGCUCCAACAAAUGUGAGCCAUGAUGAUGCUUUAGAGACUAUGUUGCCUCAUUCAAAGCAAGAGGAAUCUUCUCAAUCUUAUAGUAUAGCUUCUUUUGGAGAUGUAUAGCAGGCUUUUUACAUAAAGAGUGGUGUUAAAGAGGUUCAAAGAGAUUUCAGAUUUGUGUUCUUGAUACAUGUGUAUGAUUGUGUUACUGUUAAUUACCAAAAGAUUUGCUUUUUUAUAUAGGUUUUUCAUUAGACAUUUAUUUCACCCUCUUCAAAAUUGUGAGCCAAAUAAUUUGUCAGAAUUGUAAUAACUCUUUUUUUUUUUCAUUGAUGCGGUUAGGAUCUCU